AUGUCGGACCAAAAGCAAUAUGCCACUUACAACGAUGUCCACAAUCUCUGCAAGCAGUCGGCGAGAGGGCCCCUCAAGGAAUUCAAAAUCAACCUUAUAAUCGCCAUCGGCGGUGGUGGUUACAUCCCUGCCCGCAUCCUCCGGUCCUUCCUCAAGGAGACUCCUGAUGCACCUAACAUCCCCAUCCAGGCUAUCGGUCUGUCCCUCUACGAGCGCUUGGGCACAGAAAGCGUUGAGGAAGCCCCCGGUACCGAGGUCAAACGUUUGCAAUGGCUCGAUAUCAACUCCUCGAUGGCCAAUUUGAUUGGCAAGAACGUUCUUAUCGUCGACGAGGUCGAUGAUACCCGCACAACCCUAAAAUACGCCGUGGAGGAGCUCACGAAGGAUGUCAAGAACGCCCAGGACCAGCUCGCUCCCGGCGAUGAUAGGAAGAACCUGGAGACUAAGUUCCACGUCUUCGUUCUGCACAACAAGGACAAGGCCAAGAAGGGUGCUCUGCCCGAAGAUAUGACGGUUAACGACCAGCGCUACCACGCCGCGGUCACCACUGGGGAUGUCUGGAUCUGUUAUCCUUGGGAAGCUGAAAACAUCGAAGAGCACGAUCGUAAGGCCAAGUUGCACCCUAUCGUCGAUACGAAGAAAACUACCAUCGAAGAAUCUUCCACCCAGGCCGUCCAAGAAAAGGUUGUUUAA